AGAAUAAAAUACGGUAGUAUGUAUUGAUACGCAUGGGUCAUAUGAUCAAUAUUCAUCCAUCCUACGUGACGAAGCACAGACAAAGUUUAUUGUGCGGUCACGUAAGAUUCACCAGGACCAAAUACCAAUGCCUUCAAACGGUAAUACCCUACCGUACGUACUCAUACUUGUACGUACGGUGCCGUUUACUCUAUCGGAUAUGCAAUAGAAACAAGCGUCGAGAGCGAUGGGUACGAGAACGUAGUGAAGCUCUGGCACUCCACACUGGUACAUCAAACAUCGCUACGAGUUUGAAGACCAAAAUCAAGACGAUCAUUCCAAACCUUUGCCAACGGGAAGCAAAUACGCGACUAGGAGCCAGCCAUUUAGCCUGCUAUUGAAAAAUACCACAUCAAUCGUUAUUGUAGCAUUGUCCGCCAAGGUCGAACGGUUACUGGUAGAAGCAAUCGGACGUUGCCAUCUACAAAUAUCUUUUGACUCUAUUGUGGUACUAGUGACCGUUCUCCGUGGUGCUAUAUCAUAUCAGGGAUAGGCAUCUGAGGUAUUUCAAGGUCAUUGAGAUAUUGAUUUAGUUAUACGUUCACUUGCUGGAGGUACAUCAGUAUUCUUUGAAAUACUGAAAGUGAGAUCACCAUCGACAUCAGAAUUGAUCAAAGAGCCGUGAAUAAUAAAUAAAGAAGUAAAAUUGAAAGCUAUUGACGAUGAGUGGUAGACGCAGCAUCGAAGACGAAGACGACGAUGGAAUCUUUGACGAAGACGAUAGCAGCGAUGAUGAGGAAGUAGCAGCACCGAAAAAAUCAGUGAAAGCCAAGAAACGGAAGGCGGGCGAUUCGGAGAAACCUUCGAAAAAGGCCAAAUCCUCGAUGAACUCCUGGAUUGACGAUGCAGCCGAGGAGUCUGGAGAAGAAGGCGGCGACGAUGAUGACGAAGAGGAAGAUGAGGAGGGAGAAAAUGACUACAUCAAGGAUGACUUUGUCGUCGACGAUGAUAAUAUCGAGAUGAAGGCGCGUAGGAAGAAGACUGGAGAUCUGGAAGAUUCCGACGACGACGACGAUGACGACGACGAUGACGACGACGACGAUCAAGGGGGAAGAAAGAAAAAGGCACGCAAAAUUCGCAAGUUUCGCCAGCAAGAAGAACUCGCUGACGAGGAUCUAGAUCUUAUUCGAGAGGCUCAAGGUAUCGAUCUAGAGAAGGAGCGAAUGCGUAAGGAAAGGGAGGAACGCGAAAAUAGAAAGGUCAUUGCACGAUCGGAAGAAGAUCUCAGAAAGGGUCUUUUUCGCGACUCUGACGGGGAAGACGACGAUGACAUUAUGGCGCAACCCAAAAGAAAAAUUCGAAGCAAUAUCGAACAUUAUGAUGAGCAUGGAAUGGACGAUUUCAUUGAGGAUGACAUUGGUGAUCAACACGACAUUCUUACCAGUGAUAGGGGGAAUUUUGUCGGGGAGGAUGGUGCAGGUGGUGUCAGCCAGGCUCAAAUGAAUGAAGCAUCCGAGAUUUUUGGUACUGAUUAUCUCAAUUAUAUCGCCGAAGAGGAUGAUCGUGACGAUGAUGACGACGAUGACUUAUUUGGAAAAAAUCGAUACAAAGAACGCGGGGUGGGCGUGGACAUGGGAAUUGAUUCAGAAGACGAUAUGUCCUCGGAUGAUGACGACAUGUUUGGAGAAGACGAUGACGACGAAAUGUCAGGACAACAAAGAGAAGCUCUCAAACUAAAACGAGAGAAACGGGCUCUCGCUCGCAAAGAGCGACGCAAACAGGCUUUGGCCAAAAAGAUUGCCAAACAAAAGGCUGACCUCCGUAAGCAGUUUGAACCUGUUCAACUGGUUGAAAACUUCUGUACCGAUCGCGAUGACGAAAUUAGGCAAAAAGACGCUCCUGAAAGAUUUUUUGAUUGGAACGUUCCUUUUCAUGGAAGCAAAGAAGGUGGCGAACUCACGGAAGACGAAGAGGAAGAAGUCAUGUGGAUUAUGCAAAGGAUCCCAGAAAUUCGAGCUGAAUAUAGGGCGCCAUACGAAAACAUGGAGGAACUUGAGCAGCGUGAGUCUUCCAUCCUUCAGUCCAUUGCACACGCUCUUCGAUUUAUGCACAGAGACAAAAUGGAGCCUGCUUUCAUCAAGCGAUACCGAAAGGAUAUUAUAACCUCACCGGCAGUUCGAAAUAACCUUUAUCGCAUCAUGGAUGAAGAUGCUGAAUGGGAUGAAUUGCUUCAGGCCCGCGCCAAGGUUAGUGAUUUGUUGGAUUCUGUCACUGAAAAGGCCAGAAAGGUCGAGGCAACUGGAGCUAUAUCAGUGGAAAUAAACAAACUCGACGAAGAAUUCACAAAGGCUCAAGCAAAACUCGAAAAGAUAGCUACUGAAGAAGCUCAACUGAAGGAAGAAAUCGAACAGAUUGGUCCAAUUGACGAAGCCAUCAAAGAGGAAGAUGACGACGAAUUAUUUGGCGAUAAAGACGAUGACGAGGCCGAGGUACGUUGUAAAGCCGUAGUACUAUAUUUAUUGAAUCGGAAAUCUCUUUGUUUCUCAUCGCUCACAAUAAACAACGUCUGAUGGUUUCUUACAGGCAAUGAAAGCGAAGAGAGACAAAAAGGCCAGUCUCACCAAACAUCUUGAUACUGUUCAGACGCUGAUGGAAAGCCUUUCAGAAAAAGUGACUGAGUUGCAAACCAAGAAGGAAAGUGCCGAAACUGAAGACGCAGAAAGUGCCGUAAAAGAUGAUAGCGAGCUUGCAAAUCGAGUGCAAAAGAAGACUUGCAGAGAUAUGUUAUGGAAUACUCAAGAUGUUAUGGAAUACCUUUGUGGACUUGAAAACGAGCAUCAGAUCAGAGAUGUUAACAAUUAUCUGAAGCUUAUCAAGGAAGGUAAUGAUGCCAUUUAUAAAAAGGAAAUGCCAUUCCUUGGGGAAGAAGAUGGGAGAGAGAAGAAGAAAAGAAGUCGACGUUUUGAUCGAGACUUUUAUCGGACUUGUGUGUCUGAGGGACAUCGUGAUAUCGCCUACAGAUUUCUGCUUGCGCCCAAAAGAGUCGGAAUCAAGCUUCAAGACACCGUUGAAACCGGUCAAUUCAACUUCUCAAAGGCAAUGCCCGGUGAAACUGAUGGUGAGCCGAUGAAAUGGGUGCCGCCCACUAUCACGGACAAACUUCCAUCAGAAUUUGCAACUGAGUUGGUAGAUAGCGGGGAACUUAUUGAUUUGUCUUCGAUGGGAGCGGAUGCUGGAUCUGGAAAAAGUUCAGAUCCAUUGCGGGGAUGCCGAUAUGUUGCUGCAUUGGAACUUUCACAGGAACCGCGUGUCCGUAGAGUCCUGAGAAAUAUAUACAAGAAGCACGCUAAGCUGACAACCCGUCCAACCAAGAAGGGUAUGGAAGAAAUUGACGCAUUUCAUGAAUAUUUCGGGUUGCAGUUGAUUCACAGCAAGCCUAUUGCUGAUCAUUUCCCACCUGAUGAAGAUGAAAUGAACCAAAAGAAACUAGGUCGAGGGCCAGAGGAAUGUCGAGAAAUAGAUUCGGAGAUGAAGGAAAAAGAAAGGAAUAGUUGUCUGCAAUAUUUGAAUAUUUACAAGGGAGAUAAGACAGGACAUCUCUCGGUUUCUAUUCACUUACCUUUUCUCGAUGACUUUGGUACGGAAUGGUACAAGGCAGACGAAAAUUUUACCGAUCGACAAAACCAGGAUUUGAAGCCCCUUAUGGAUGUACUUGAGAAGGUUUAUUUCCCUCUGGAACCCGACUCGCAAGAAUGGACUCAGGAGAGAAAGAAGGUUUUAUCCCAAGCCUUGCUUACCUUUCUCUUACCUCAAUUUGAAGCAGAAACUCGCAAAGAUCUCGAAGAAGCGGCAUUUCGAAUCGGUGUGACAGCUGCUGCUGAAGACCUCCAUGGAAUGGCGAUGGAAGGUCCAUAUCGCCCGCACUCGUUCUAUGCUGAGAAUCGUUUCCUAGUUCCAACCGGUGACCUCCGAAUGGUUGCAAUUUCAUGUUCGAAUGAUCCCAAAGAACCAACAUAUCUUGCAUCUGUAUCUGAAUAUGGGGAAUUCAUUGACCAUCUUGCGAUACCAGGGGGUGUUCGUGUUGAUAUCGGAAAAAUGAGACAGAAAAUUAUCGAUUUUCUUCUCUUAUCCCGUCCGGCAGCAAUAUUGGUGGGUACAUCAGGAGGGUUUCAGGCCCGUCAUCUGUGUCGCAAAUUGAACGACAUCGUUACUGAAGCAACAGACCGAUGGGCAAAGAGGGACAUCCAAGGGGAAGAUGAAGAUGACGAAGAUUUCCAGUAUCGACAGUCUGCCUUUGAUAAAUAUCUUCCAUCAAAUAUGCCUGGUAUGGAUGAGGAUGACGACGAGGAUCUUGAUUGGAAGUGUAACGCUGACUUGAUCGAUGAUUCCGUAUCUCAAGUAUUUGGACACAGUCCCCGGGGAAAGAAAGAAUUUCCAGAUCAUGCGCCGGCGCUUCGAGUCGCCAUUUCUAUUGCUCGUUACGGAAAAGACCCACUCGCGGAACUUGCGUAUGCAUGGAAUGUAGCAAGCGACACUGGUCUUUUUGGUACUGAGUUGUUCUACUUUAACAUCAAUCCGAUGCAACAAUUGUUGAAAAGGUUCAAAGGGCCCUUGCUUCUUCGGCAUUAUGAACGUGCUCUGUGUGAUGUUGUCGCAGAAGUAGGUGCCGAUGUGAACAAAUGUUGCGAAUACAGUCAUCUUCAAGGACUUCUGACCUUUGUUCCUGGCCUUGGCCCACGAAAAGCGGCCUUCCUGAAACAAAAAGUAGAACAGCUUGGAAGUUCAGUUCCAACAAGGCGUUCACUGCUGGAAAAUCGUUUCAUGGGUCCUGUGGUCUACAAUAACUCAAUUGCGUUUUUACGAAUUCAUCACUUCGAUGAACGUACUAGUCAUCAGGUUCAACUGCACCCUUUAGAUAAUACAAGGCUUCAUCCAGAUGUAUAUCAGAAAAACAAUUGGGCGUCGAAAAUUGCAACUGAUGCGCUCGAGCGCGCAGAAGAAGGGUCGAGGAAUAAGGAGCAAGCAGGUAUCAAAGCGCUUCGUGAUGUUAUGGAAAACUCUGAUCAAGAGAUUCAACGACUAUAUAUGGGAACAAAGGAAGAGUGGGAGAUGCACUAUGGGGUGGGCACUUUCAAUGCAUCAAACUGGAACCCCAGAACCGAUGUUCCUGUCGAGCAUUGGCAUGAUAAGGUAGAAGAACUCGACCUUGAUACCUACGCACAUAUGAUCGAAGAAAAUGGUCACGGAAAAUGGCAUUCUCACAUGGAAAUGAUCAAGUGGGAAUUCCGUCUACCAUUUGUUGAUCCUAGAAGUCCUAUGGACACUCUUGCGGGGGACAAACUUUUUAGGCUAAUCACUGGAGAAAGUGAUCAAACAUUGCGUCCUGGAAAAGAAAUAACAGGAAAAAUAUUAGCCAAUACCGAUUUUGGAUCCAAGGUAAAGCUUGAGGGUGAUUUACCGGCCUUUAUAUCCCUUCGGAAUUUGGCUGAUGACCACGUCGAAGCCGCUGAAGAUGUGGUUGCAGUUGGCGCCAUCGUUACUGCUGUUGUUACCGCAGUGAAGAAGGAUCACAUGAGUGUUGACAUGAGUUUGAAAAGGGAAGACUUUAUAAAGCAACCAAGCUCGUGGGACCGACCAGAAUCUCUUCCAGUCCUUGAUGAAUAUUUUGAUCAGAUUGCAUCGAAAACAAUAGAGGAGAAAAAGACUAAAGAGAGAGAAGCCCGUCUUGAGGCUAUGCAAAUCUCACUCUCAACUAAGGUUGGUGAGGACGGCAAGCGAAUUGGCCGUGUUGUGCGUCGACAUUGCGCACACCCAGCAUUCCGAAAUGCGAAAGGGAAUGAGCUAGACGAAGAAUUGAAAUCAGGAGGGCCUGCGAUGGUAGGCGAAGCCUUGAUACGCCCAAGUAGCAAAUCGGCAGAUUCUCUAGCAAUUCAUUGGAUGUACAGUGAAGGUAAAAUAAAGAUAAUCGAAGUCAAUGAAGAAAAGAAAGAUCUCGAUGCAAGCAUUGGAAAGGUACUCAAGAUCAAAGGUGAAUCCUAUGGAAGUAUUGAUGAGUUGAUGGGGCGAUAUAUUGCACCAUUAAACGACCUUGUCGACGAGCUUGUAAAUCAUAGAAAAUUUUCAGAGCUCUCUGAAGACGAUCUGGACGAUCAGCUUCGAAAGGAUAAAGCUGCCAAUAAGAAUUCCAUUCCCUACAAUAUUUGUUGGAUGGAGAUGCAUCCGGGAUAUUCAUCUCUCAGAUUCAUUUUGAGUUCUACUCCCCGGCAGCAUCCCAUUGGAAUGUGCCCGAAUGGAUUUGUUUGGGGAGCGAAAACUUUCAAAUCUCUCGAUCUCCUCUUAAAUGACUUCAAGAAAAAUCCUCGGGGAACUCCCACCAACAAACAAAGAGCUCCGCCCCCAGCGGCGUCUUCUGGAUCAACUUCAAAAACUUCUCGAUGGGGAACAAAGCGUCAGCAUCCCCCACCAAGAGAGCCACCCCCACCUUCGACAUGGAAUCGGCCUCCUCCUCCUCCAAUGGCUGCAACAGGCGCUGCAUAUGGUCAGCCUCCUCCGCCAUCUGGUCCGCUUCCACCAUAUGGAAGACCCCCCCCACCUUCUGGUCCGCCGCCACCUUACGGGAGACCCCCACCUCCUUCUGGUCCACCGCCCCAAUAUCACGGCAAUCAAUAUUCAUAUCAACAACCUCCGCCACCACCGUACAACAAUUAAUCAUACAAUGAAUUUAAAUGAGACGGAAUAAAGAGAAAGCUAUGGAAUGCGAGCGAGACUUCGUUACUGUAUGAACGGAUGGAUGGUGCCAAAAUAUUUAUUGUUAUUUGUAAAAAAUGAUACUGGGUGAUUCCCAUUGUUAUUGAAGUAAUAACUGGGCUAGUCUAGCGCAUAUUACAUUUAUAAUAACGGAAAUUAAAUUUUCCACGGACAGACUGCAGGGAAUGCUCGCUUGAUGCCAGUCUAUUUGGGAAUUUGGAAUCUUAACUAUACUUCAACAUAACGACUAAAAAGAGGCCUCUUUGGAAGAAAAACAUGAAAUUUUCAAUCCUACCGCAUGAUACUACAACUACUAGUAGUAAAACGAACAAAUGAAUUUCUGACAC